CGCGAGCGUGUGUGUGUGAUAAGAAGGGGGGCGCGAGAGACCCCGUCGCGUUUUGACCCCCGAAACGACUCCCGAUCUCCAGCAUCGCUCCCGCCUCCAUUCGGCUUUUUAAACCGGGCCCACUGCUCGCUUCGCAUCCACACACACACACACACUCACUCUCACACUCUCACUCACACACACACACGCGCGCAUAUCCUUUUACAGCUUGUUGUCUCGGUCCAUGGAUGUGGUGAUACACGGAGCAGAUCGCCACACUGCCGCCGCGAUCUGCGUCUCUCCAGCCCGCCGAGCAGCACCGAUUCACCGCGGAACAGCCUGACACACACACACGGAGAGAGAGCGAGGGAGCAAGAGAGAGAGAGAGAGAGAGAGCAAGAGAGAGAGAGAGAGAGAGAGACAGAGGAUCCCCGCGUCUCAAGUGAUUGGGACUGGUGGUGUGUUCUGUCCCGGACUGCCGGAUCGGUGUGUGUUGUCUUCCGCGAGAAGAGCGCGGCUUUCCGUGGCGCAUGGAGAAAAGGUAUGAAGAGCUGGUGCAGUACCCAGGGUCAGAGGUCAUGCCCGUGGGGGGGUACGGGGAGGUGAUGAGGUCACUACCGCCGCCUCACUAUGGCCACGGCGUUCCUGACUCUCUCAAACACUACCGUGAUCAGAUCUACGGCCACCCUCUGUUUCCACUCCUGGCCUUGGUGUUUGAGAAGUGUGAACUGGCCACAUGCUCACCACGCGACUCCAGCUCGCUGUCAAAUGCGUCCCAUCAUCCCAGCAUGACGGGUCACAGCGACGUCUGCUCUUCCGAAUCAUUCAACGAAGACAUCGCGGCCUUUGCCAAACAGAUCCGUUCAGAGAAACCCAUCUUUUCAUCAAAUCCAGAACUGGAUAAUCUGAUGAUCCAGGCCAUCCAAGUACUACGCUUCCACCUACUAGAGCUAGAAAAGGUUCAUGAUCUGUGUGACAAUUUCUGUCAUCGUUACAUCACCUGUCUUAAGGGCAAAAUGCCCACUGAUCUGGUGCUAGAGGAUCGCGAGUCAGGAUCCAAAUCUGACAUGGAGGAUUUCACUGGUUCUUGCACAAGUCUUUCAGAGCAGAAUCAGUCUUGGCUGCGAGACACAGACGACUGUUUGUCAACGCCGUCAGGCACCCCGAGCGCCUCCUGUGGACUCGCCACGCACAGUGUGGACGCUUGCAGCGACGCUGGAGAUGGACUGGAUGGAGCUGUAGCGUCUCCCAGCACAGGAGAAGAGGACGAGACAGACCGAGACCGACGAAACAACAAGAAACGAGGGAUCUUUCCCAAAGUGGCAACCAACAUCAUGAGAGCUUGGCUCUUCCAGCACCUAUCACAUCCGUACCCUUCCGAAGAACAGAAAAAGCAACUGUCUCAAGACACAGGACUCACCAUCCUUCAGGUCAACAACUGGUUUAUAAACGCCCGACGCAGAAUAGUUCAGCCCAUGAUUGACCAGUCGAAUCGCUCAGGUCAAGGUGCCCCGUACAGCCCAGAGGGUGGAGCGCUAGGAGGUUAUGGAUUAGACAGUCAGCCUCACUUAGGCCUUCGGACAGCAGGUCUUCAGGGAAUGCCGUCUCUGCCUGCAGACUACCCCGGCGCGCUCUUGCCCCAGCCGGGCUACACCCAUGCGGCGCCGUCGCUGCACCCUUACCCCGGCCCCCACCCUGCCAUGCUACUGCACCCACCCCCUCAUCCGCACUCCGCCGAGCCUCUAAUUGGACAAGGCCUGGACAUCCAUGCCCACUGAGAGCGGGGGGAGGGGAAAGGGCUAACAGGAAACCGGGCUCACACACUCCGAGUGCACUAGUUUCACCUCAGUAACAUGACGGCACCAUGUGUAACAUUGACACCAUGUCAUGUUAUGACACUAACCCUUUAUAAUCACUGUCUUAAAAACUGACGAAACCUUCUAUGUCUUUUUUUUUAUAUUACAAACUGAUAUAAGAGUCAACACAGAGUGGUAUGGUUCAGGCUUUUUUCUACUGCACAAAGUACUGGAAAUUUUGGCAACUCAAAACUGGAUCUGGAUUUUGCUUCAUCAGCCAAAGUGCUGGGCUGAAGGUUUCCAGCUUUAUAGUUAUCAAUAAGCACCAACAAAGAACCGAUGGUACUCGGGGACAUGCCACGUAAAAUACUUUGUAGAUUUGCCAACAUUGUGCUGUACUAUUUCUUAACAUGUGCCAACUUUUAAUUUUAAUUUCUUUAAAAAAAACAUAGAAGCACAACAAAUUAUUUUUACAAACAAAUUACCUUUCUUGAUUAUAUGCAGUGCAAUUUAACUAAUUGUGUUCCAAAUGUGCAUUGUACAAUGCUAUUUUCAUCAUAUUUUUGUUGGCAAUCUGUUAAAAGUAAAUUAAUUUAAUCAUAGUGCAGAUUUAUUGAUUAGUUCUUAUUGUUGAUGAAAUGUAAUAAUCCAUUAACAAGCCUUUUUCGGCCUGUAAUUUCAUUAAUUGAAUCGCUUAUUCCAUGUUGAAUUUGACCAUGGUGCUGUUUACUCUCAGAAAAAAAGGGUACUAAGUGUUGUUGUUGUUGAUGUCAUUGUUGUUGUUGUUGUUGUUGGGGUGGUGCACCUUUUGUAUGUAUCAUUUACCUAGAAAGGUGCCUCUAGUGUAUCUUUAACGCUGUACUCUAAAAACUAAAUAUGGUCCUUUUUAUGUACCUUAAGUCAUUUUAAAAGCUACACUAUAUCCACAUUUCCAGGUGAAAGAUACAUAUUAAAGGAAAAACGAUGCAUCCUUGAUUCACAGUAUCACCCCGUGACAAAAAAAAAGUAGUUUAAUACUGAGAGUGUUGCACCAUAAUGACAGAGUACUCAUUUUUAUGUUAUAUCUAUGAAUCUGGCAGAGAAUGUCCCAGAACCCCAAGUUCCAUUGGUUCCUGGUUUGGUUUGUCCUUGUUUUAGAGUGUGCAGUGGAAAAAUACCCGUACAGCCACACUGCCUGAAUGUUGCAUUUCUCACACAUUAACUUACACAACCGAUUUUGCACGGUACACGUAAAAAUCGUCUGGUUAGACUCAUGUCUUCCUAUGGCCUUUCUGCUUCCUGAACUGAAAUCUGGGGCCUUCGGAGCCUCUCUGCCUUGCCCAGAGACUGCUCGUCAGGAACAUGAACAGAGGAGCACACCAGAUUUCUGCAGUCUGGUGCCUUCAUAACUGUACCAAAAAUUCCUGUAACUGUCUCCUUGAACCGACGUAUUCAAGCCUUGCCACAAACCCAAAGACUUAAUUGCUGGAUCUGUUCGACGAGAUGAGAGCUUGAACUGUGAAUAAUAGCUGGGUUCCUCAACCAGUCCCAUAUGCUAUGGACCAAUCCUAGUCUUCCCAUAAAGAGGGCAGUUGAACCCCUUGUCAUUAAUGGCACUCUUGUCAUUUGUACACCAUAUUUAAUUUAAUUUUGCUUUAAUGUUGAAUCUAUUUUUGUAUUUAUGUCUGUCGAAGACUCGGUAUCACCAAACUUUGAGUUGACAUUAAUCUUCAGUUUUUUUGAAGUUUGUAUUAAACGUAGCAUUCACCAUGUCCUAACAAAGCAUAUGUUAAGUUUGCUGUAAAGGAUCGAACUAGCGCAGCGUCUUUGUUUAUCACAUGUAUUCUGUGUUAACAUUUUUUGGUAAACUGUUCAAACAGAGUAAAUUCUGUGCGGAGUUCUGCAAGUACCGAUGUCGGGUCCAUUUUGUUUCUUAUACAGAGGGAUAUGUUCCUGUCUGUUUUUAAGUAACUUGACUAAUAUUUGGAAGCUCUAAAGAUCUUGUCCCUUACCUCUGUAAUAAUAAAACAAAUAUAAACCCAGUGGUAAAAAUGAGGAUAAUACUUAUGGUGAUAAUGAAAUGGUUAAUGUUUAUAACUACUAUAUUACUAUAUAGCAAAAGUUGCUUUCUCUUGUUUUAGAUAUAGUGAAAUAAUAUACUGCUAUUCCUCUUGAAUAUAAUUUAUAUUCUAUAUGCAUACAAUGGAAA